AUGGCGCGCGAUAUCGACGCCCCGGCGACGUGCGUGGUCGUGUUCCUGUGCUUCUUGGCGCUCUUCACGGAUAAAGUGAGCAGCGACUGGGCGAUGAUGCUGAGCGUGGCGACGCUGAACGCGAUCGGGACGCUCACCGUGGAGGAAUCCCUGGAGGGGUUCGCGAACACCGGUUUGUUGACCGUGGGCGCUCUGUUCGUCGUCGCGUGCGGGAUAUCGAGCACCGGAGGGUUGGACUGGUACAUGGCGAAGGUUUUGGGAAAGCCGCGGACGCCAGCCGGGGCGCAACUGCGAUUGAUGAUUCCGAUCGCGUGCGUGAGUGCUUUUUUGAAUAACACGCCGGUGGUAGCGGUGAUGAUACCGAUCGUCACGCGAUGGGCCGAGGCCACGGGGUUGGCGGUGGAGCAGUUGAUGAUGCCGUUGUCGUUCGCCUCGCUAUUGGGCGGCACGUGCACGCUGAUUGGGACUUCGACAAAUUUGGUGGUGCAAGGGAUGGUAAAGACGUACGUGAGGGAGACUCCGGGCCAGGCGGAGGUGACGAUUGGGUUAUUCGAUCUGGGAAAGUACGGGGUGGCGGUGGCGCUGGCGGGGAUUUCGUACGUGUUGCUCGUGUCGCCCUUUUUGUUACCCAAAGGCGCGCGAAGGAUCGGGGCGUCUCCGAACGAGCGUAGGGCGGAAGAUGAGGAGGAUUUGCUCGUCGGUGCGCGCGUCGAGGGAUGGUCACCGGCGGUCGGACGCACCGUCGCGGCGAGCGGCUUAAGAGGGUUGCCGGGUUUGUACUUGGUGAGCGUGCGAAGAGACGAGGCUCUGCUUCGAGCUGUCGGUCCAGAGUUCAUCUUAAACCAGGGCGACAUCUUGUACUUUACGGGGAUGAUUGAGUCUUUAGGGAACGUUUGUGCCGAGUACGGUUUGAUGGCGAUCACGCAAGAGUACGAGGAAGAUGAGAUCGAGAGCGGCACGGUGGCGGAAGUGCGAGACAGAGCCGGGAGCAAAAUCCACGACGGCGUCGUCUCGAUGGAAGAGUCAAGCAGCAUAGCAGAUUUACAAAAGCUCGCGCGCACGCACGCGAUUUACAAAGAGCAAGAAGCGGCCAUUUAUGAUUUGAGAAGGCGUCGACACAAGCGUCGACCGAGAUCGUCUCAAGGGGAGUCGAGCGACGCCGGCGGCAUGCUCAGUCCGGGUUACUACUCCUCGGAUGGGAACCAGUACACGUCCGGCGGGGCGAGCGAUUCGGACGACGCCGUGCGAAGAUCGAGUGGCAAAGCACAAGCGUUGAAACGGUACUCAGAGAAAUUGGAGAGCGCACUGCGAGACGCAAACGGCGCCGACGCGCAGAUCAGCGCGAAGGAGAGCGAAACCGCGCUCGGACCGCCAUUAGUCACGGUCGACGUCGAUCCCGACGCCCAUCAGGACGAUCCUGAACAUGUCGGACGCAUGGUUCUUGGUAUCAGCGCGAAUGAUCGACCGGGCCUAUUGCACGACAUCUCUCAGGCGUUGAAUCGUCUUCAAGUGCAGUUAUUGCACUGCGAAGCCUCGGCGGUGGGAUCUCGCUCGGUUUCCAUUUGGCGAUUGCAAGUGUUACAGAACACGACGACCAAAGAAGAGAUCACGACAGUGAUCAAGACAAUGCUUGAACCGGUGACGGGCAUCGAAGCGGUGAAAAAGCGCGGGCAAUCGGUUGUGAGAUGCAGUGUGAAACCGUCGUCAUCGCUCGUGGGAAAGACUCCUGCCGAGGCAGAUCUGCGCGCGACGUUCGGUGGAGCCAUCAUUGCCGUUCAACGAGGUGGUCGUGCGCCUGCAGGGAAGCUCAGUGCCGUCGUGUUCCAAGCCGGUGACACGCUCGUGCUCCAAGCUCAAGAGGGUUCACCUCUCAUCAAGCUCCUGGAGCGUUCCGAAGGCGCCGUCGUGCAGGAGGAUGAGCGCUUUCACAAAGCGCAAGCGGAUUUUGAGAUAAUUGGACACGGCGUGGGGAUGUCGAACACGGGGAAAGAGUUCCUCAUCGCUGUUCGUAUUGAAUCUACCGCAAGAAAUUUUAUAGGAAAGACCGCGGUGGAGAGCGGAUUGCGAUCACUUCCCGGGUUGUUUCUCGUCUCCAUCGAGCGGGCGAGGUCAACUCUCAGCGAGUCUCCAGCGGAUAGGACAACCGUCAUCGAUCCGAGCGAGCCUUUAGAGGCGAAUGAUGUCAUGUGGUACGCCGGUGGUGCGAGCGCGAUCGCUAGUCUUCGCCGCGUUCCCGGUUUGGCUCCGUAUUCGAGCGAUCAGGUGGACAAGCUUGAGGUGUCGAGUCACGACAGGCGCUUGAUUCAAGCCGUGGUUGGGAAGGCUGGUGACUUGGUCGGUAAAUCGAUUCGAGACAUCAAAUUUCGCACGCGUUUCAAUGCUGUGGUGAUCGCGGUCCAUCGCGAAGGCGCGCGCGUGCACUCAAGAAUCGGAGAUGUCGUCUUACAUCCUGGAGACGUGCUCCUGCUCGAUGCCGGCUCGGACUUUCGAUCGAGCGCUCGCGCUCAGGGCGCCUUCGCCCUCAUCAGCGUCCUGGACGACUCCACGCCUCCCCGGUUACGAUUACUCAUACCUGCGCUCAUGUGUGCGCUGGCUAUGAUCGCAUUGUACACGUUCAAAGUGAUCGAACUCUUCACCGCCGCGGUGCUCGCUGCGGCGGUGAUGAUUGCAUCCGGCACGCUCACGCAACAAGAGGCUCGCAACGCCAUCAAGUGGGACGUCAUCGUCACCAUCGCCGGCGCUUUUGGACUCUCCAAGGCGAUGCAAAAGAGUGGCGUCGCCGAAUUCGUGGCCAAGCAGCUCGUCUCUCUUGCAAAGAUCACGGGCUCGGGACAGAUCGGCUUGCUCUCGGCGGUGUACCUCUCCACGUUCUUGAUCUCAAACAUUGUCACGAACAACGCGGCGGCGGCGCUGAUGUUGCCGAUCGCCGCUCAAGCCGCGGCCGCGCAAAAUAUCCCUCUCGAGAAGAUGGCUUUCCUACUCAUGCUCGCCGCGAGCGCGUCCUUCAUGUCUCCGUUCGGGUACCAGACCAAUCUCAUGGUCUACGGCCCGGGCGGAUACACGUUUGCCGACUUCAUCAAGUUUGGCUUGCCGAUGCAACUCGUGCUCUUGGUGGUCACGAUCGUCGUCUUAGGGGUGAGUGAGGACACCAUCUGGAUCCCAUACGUCGUCAUCGUCGUCAUGUUCCUCGUCGUCGCCGUGGCGACGACAGUCGGCUUGGCGCCCGCGGUGCGCCGCGCGCGAGCGGCGUUCACCCGCCUCGCGUCGCGAAAGAACGCGCGUCACGCCCGUCGCUCGAGCGAAGAAACACUCGAUCCUGAACUCGCUCUCGCGGACGCUUGA